AUGGCCUGGGACUCUGAGUCUGCCCGGCGGCGGCAGAGUAACAUUGCAUCUCCGCAACGUGUUGAAAGCCCAGCACAAUCGCUGGCCACCGAGACCUACACGCCUAAAUCCACCCACGUAGCAGAUCCGACCUUGAAUCCGUUUCUUGCGCCUUCAUUCAAUGCGGCAGACUAUUUGAAUGCGACCCUCCCUCCAUUGAAAGCUCGAACAUCGACCCAGCGUGUCUCCAAAGAGGUUCCGCUUGCCGACCUGUCUACACAGACACAAACGCUGCUGUCACAACUAAGCGCACAUACAACGAGACUUACGAAUACUUUGACACAACUCACAGACGAGAUAAUACGAAGUGGGAGUAGACUGGCAUAUGAAGUGGAAGUGCUGCGCGGCGAGACGGUUGGAUUGUCGGAAUCAUUGACGGAAGGUCUCCAUGAGGACAUUUCAAAGUUUGUUCCUGGUGGUAUCGACAGCAGCCCAGGAAGGAAAUCUUCGGGAACAGGUGGACCGACCCGAAGGAAGUCAUCUACAUCGCUAGAUGCAAAGGCACCUACGAAUACUACACAGGCUGCGGCCAAUGGCGACCCUCCAUAUAUCCAGCAGUUGCGCACUCUGACAUUAGUGAGGGGCCGACUGGAUACAGUUAUUAAAACCUUUGGCGAUGCCAUGUCUUGGACGUUUCCCCCGUCGGAAGUUUCAGUCAGCUCAGGCUUUCUAUCAGUCUCAGCGGCCGAGCCAGGAUCGGAGGCACAAAGCAUCGAGGAGAAGGGCCAGCAGGUUUCCAAAAAGCUUCGUGACGAGAUUGCCGAUAUCCUCAUUCGCAGUGAUGACCCCGUGGACAACAUUGAAGCGGCUGCCAAGAGAGUAGAGGAGCUCAAGGAGCUCAGUGCGGUGUGGAAGGGCACGGCAGAGGAGAAGGCAAGGGUUCGAUUUGUGGAGUCCCUGGCAAAGAUGGUCGAAGAUAGACAUCGUAGCCUUCUCCGGGAACAACAAGAGCAAGAGAAGGGGGCUAGAAACAAACCUGAGGUGAAAGCGACAGGCACCAUUCCGACUGUCAGCGCGACGGAUUCGAAGUCUACAAGCAGUUAUGGCUUUAUUAGCCAGCUUCAAAAAAUGCGCGGUGGUAUUUAA